AUGAGUGCUGAUGAGAUGUUAGGGAUGUUCUUGAACAUCUUAGGACAUGGUUCUGCAAAUAGGCAAGCACAGGAUCGCUUUCAACAUUCUGAUGUAAUUAAACUAUUGGAAAAUGCGUAUAACAACACUCCAAAGGAAAUCCUACAGGAUUCUAGAUAUAUGCCUCAUUUCAAGAUGGUGUUCAUGUCCAAGCCAUAG